AUGAUUUUGGAGGCUGUAAUUGAAGAGAAGAAAUUCUCAGGACUAUCUCCUUUAAAGUUUGAGGAUCUGUUUGAUAUGGAUGAAAUAGAUGAAAGUGCAUCCAAAUCAUCCCUUCAAGAUGAUAUAGCAACAUCCAGUAUUUCUCAACCAACAUGCAGUAAAUAUGGAGCUGAUUUUAGCCCUAUUUCAGUUUGUAUUGAACUCUCCGACUCUGACUCAAGUACAUGCUCAUCACAAAGUGAGAUUCUGGCUCGAAGAAAAAAAACAGCUCAAUUAUCAAAAAAUUUGAGUCGUUUAAAAAUUGAGAAAAGUGGAAAGGAACCCUUUCUGAAUUAUUUAGGUCUGGUUCCAAAUGCCAAAGCUAUCUCGAUACAAAACGAAACUGAGCAUAAAGAUGUUGCUGACGUAGAUUGUGAGAUAAUUGGAGUUGAGGGUCUGGAUGAAUGUGACAAUGUGCCUAUGACGUCACCCCGUACGCCUCACUCUCUGAUGUCACAGUUGUCAAGAGAUGUUGAAGGAAGUGCUAGGAAACGGUUAUUUUCUCUAUCUGAAAGUGUUGAUCGACUCAGUGACUCUGAAUUACAUGAUAGUGGAAUUUAUUUACGAAAGACCAGCAUCCAAGGUUCAUUACUUGGAAUAGAUUUCUCAUCCUAUCUUGGACAGCGAAUUCGAAGACAUGUGAAAGCAGACGUCUCAAAUAUUAUAAAAAAUCCAGAAACUUAUUGUACUACUACUUGGAUCAAAAAUGACAUGAUUGAAAAAUUGAGACAUCGACAAUCUGAUUAUCCAGUUACUUUUAGAUUCAAGAAAAAAGGAAGUAUUAGACAUAGGCGAUGCCAUGAAUACAAAUUCAAUGCUAGUGAGCGGCGUGAAUUCAUGCGUAUUGCAAAAACUGGACUCAAUAAAGAAGGACGUAGAUUAAAGCGACUUAUGAAAAGGGUGUCUGUUGUUUUAUAUCGUGUCAAACCUUCCGUGAUUGAAGAAUGGAGAAAGCCCAAACCAAAACCAAUUUGGAUUGAUGAUGACAUCAGUAUUGUUGAAAUUGAACCUGCUCCUGGUAGCAGCUCUUCAUUUUUUGGCGGUCACAAUGUAUCAAAUAAUCAUUAUUUAAAUCAUCGUGCUGGUCCAUCAAACCAGCUUUGGCGCCAAGAACCUCGUCCACAAUUUCUGGUUAAAAAAGACCAGAGAUCCUCCGAGUUAUUAUUUUUGCCUUUGGCAGGACAAAAUCGUAAUAUUUUUCCAUACUCCAACAGUUGUAUGCAGUCUAGAAGUGAUAUGGGACCUGCAAACAGACGAAAACAAAACUUUUCACAAUUACGCACUGAUCUCAGUCUUGUGGAUUCUCUCCAAAAUGGUAGCUCAGACUCAAAUAGGUGUUUUCCAUUCAAUUAUGGAGUUUCUAAUUCAAGGUCCAAUUUGAAUGGAGCAAAUAGUAACAUUCUUGACAAUUCCAUUUUAAAACAUCAUUUAUCCUCAGAUAUGUCAGAAAAUAUUCCAGCCUUGGAUUUCAGUGACCCAAAAAUAUUUAGUCGAUCUUUAAAUCGACCUGGUCCACUAUCGUCAAAAACUUCAAAUUAUUCGCGACCUGGUCCUUUAUCGUCCAAAAGAGAUUUCAAGACCUCUAGACCAGGUCCUCUCUCGUCCAAACAGGGCUCAAAUCAUCAACCAGGAAAUAGUCUGGUUCGAUCAAACAGUAUCAGACCUGAUUCACCCAAUGUCUUGAAUCCAAAUGCUUACCCUCAUCUUCAAAAGAAUUUAUUACAACCCUUAAAUCAGAAUGCUUUCUCCCAAAGAAAUAUCGCGCCAAAACCAUCUGCUAGUGGGUCAUUGGCCAUUUCCUCUGUGUAUAGCAUAUCCAGUGUCAGUUCGAGUGGCAGUGCAGUGAGUCAUUCAGCAGUGUCGGCUAAUUUAAACAUACAAAUUGGUCAAAUUGGAUCGUUGACUGGAGGUACUGAAAGUCAAGUAGCUUAUCCUACAGGAAUAAAACCUAACGAAUAUCUGACUAAUAUUCCACCUAAUUUAUCUCUUUCCAAUGUGGCUUCUUGCAAAUCUUUGUCGGUGAGCAAAAUGGCUGAAUAUGUGGUAGAAAAGAAUGUUGAUAGUGAUACGAACGAGGUUGUUGAAGUUAUUUGUAUUGAAGAUGAUGAUUAG